AAUAAACUAUAUACUCGGUUUACUUAUGUCUACAAUGAGGCGUGUACCAUGUUCAGUCGUCUCAUUACGGUAUUUUGAUUGCCGUCUUCUCAGAGAAAUGUGUGUAAGUCUCGUCUUCAAGGUAAACUUCUUGGCCUCCCACCCCACUCGUGCUGUGACGUGACUAGCAGCGGCUAGUGAUAAAUGAAACGCGCAUUUUGAAGCGUCCAGUUGUUCUGCUGCUUCAGCAGACGCGCGUCUGUCACAUGCGGUGGGGCACAUUCACACAGAACUGGAGAGCGCCUAGUAACCGGACAGUUGAAACGUUUGCCGUUGCAGUGCUGGACUGAAACACCAAACCACUGGAAUAAAUUAUCAGCUAUUCAACUUCACAAAAUGAGUGCCGGAAAGAGGGUGGAGGAUGAGGCCGUGCUGGACAGAGGGGCCUCGCUACUCAAGCACUUGUGUGAUCAGGAAGAGGUUGAAGGUCACCACACCAUAUACAUCGGUGUGCAUGUGCCUAAGAGCUACCGUCGACGGAGACGUCAUCGCCGGCGCACCAGUCACAAGGACAGAAAGGAUAAAGUGACUGAGAACACUUCGGACAGGUCAGACGCAGAGAACAAUGAGGAGGCCAGCAACAGCAUCCUCAAACCACUCAUUUCACCUGCUGCAGAGCGCAUCCGAUUCAUGCUGGGAGAGGACGAUGACAGUCCAGCAUCUCCUCAGCUCUUCACAGAGCUGGACGAGCUACUGUCUGUUGAUGGCCAGGAGAUGGAGUGGAAGGAAACUGCCAGGUGGAUCAAAUUUGAAGAGAAGGUGGAGAAAGGUGGGGAGCGAUGGAGUAAACCACAUGUAGCCACUCUGUCCCUACAUAGUCUCUUUGAACUUAGAACGUGUAUAGAGAAGGGCACCAUCAUGCUGGACCUAGAGGCCUCCACACUGCCAGGGGUCGUUGAAAUGAUCACUGACAGUCAAAUUGAGAAUGGUCUCUUGAAAGCUGACUUGAAAGAUAAGGUCAUGUACACCUUGCUGAGGAAGCAUCGGCACCAGACUAAGAAGUCCAAUCUUCGCUCUUUGGCUGACAUUGGCAAGACGGUCUCCAGUGCAAGUAGGCUGUUUUCCACCCCGGAUAAUGGUAGCCCAACCACUACACAUCGCAACUUGACAUCAAGCAGCUUGAAUGAUAUCUCAGACAAGCCAGAGAAAGACCAGCUGAAGAACAAGUUUAUGAAGAAGCUGCCCAGAGAUGCUGAAGCUUCCAAUGUUCUCGUUGGAGAAGUGGACUUCCUGGACAGUCCUUUUGUGGCCUUUGUGAGGCUGCAGCAGGCAGUCAUGUUGGGGGCGCUGACUGAAGUGCCUGUGCCCACCAGAUUUCUGUUCAUUUUGCUUGGACCCAAAGGCAAAGCCAAGUCAUACCAUGAAAUUGGUAGAGCAAUCGCUACCCUGAUGUCUGAUGAGGUCUUCCAUGAAAUUGCAUACAAAGCCAAGGACAGACAAGAUCUUCUUGCUGGCAUUGAUGAGUUCUUGGAUGAGGUCAUUGUCCUUCCUCCUGGAGAAUGGGACCCUGCCAUCAGGAUAGAGCCUCCCAAAUCCCUGCCAUCCUCAGAUAAAAGAAAGAACAUGUAUGCUGGAGGGGACAGCACACAGAUGAAUGGAGACACGCCUCACAGCGGUGGAGACGGGGGCGGGGGGCACGCAGUAGGCGAUGAGCUAAAGAAGACGGGGAAGUUUUGUGGAGGCCUUAUUCUUGAUAUCAAAAGAAAAGCCCCAUUUUUCUUCAGUGAUUUCUACGAUGCAUUACACAUCCAGUCUUUGUCUGCCAUUCUUUUCAUCUACCUGGGAACAGUAACCAAUGCCAUCACAUUCGGAGGAUUGCUGGGUGACGCCACAGAGAACAUGCAGGGUGUACUGGAGAGCUUUCUGGGUACAGCGGUCUCUGGAGCCAUCUUCUGUCUCCUAGCUGGGCAACCGCUGAUCAUUCUCAGCAGUACGGGGCCAGUGCUGGUGUUUGAAAGGCUGCUCUUCAACUUCAGCAGGGAAAAUGAAUUUGACUACCUAGAGUUCCGUCUUUGGAUUGGCCUGUGGUCGGCCUUCUACUGUCUGAUUCUGGUGGCAACUGAUGCCAGCUUCCUUGUGCAGUAUUUCACCCGAUUUACAGAGGAGGGCUUUUCGUCACUUAUCAGCUUCAUCUUCAUCUAUGACGCUUUCAAGAAGAUGCUGAAAUUUACCCAUUAUUACCCAAUCAACCCAGACUAUAAAAUCGAUUAUGUCACGCAGUAUGACUGCAUGUGUAUGGCGCCCACUGAUGGGAAUUCUUCAGAUGUGUUCACUGAUGCACUUGAUUCAACAAUUAGCUGGACUGUAAAUUACAGCGAUACACGCUUGAAUGCCAGCUGGUCCUCCCUGUCAAAGAAGGAAUGCCUGAAAUACGGAGGAGAGCUAGUGGGCAAAGCCUGUGACUUUGUGCCCGACAUCACCCUCAUGUCCUUCAUCCUUUUCUUUGGCACAUACACCUGCUCCAUGUGUCUGAAGAAAUUUAAGACCAGCCCAUUCUUUCCUACUACUGUGAGGAAGCUCAUAAGUGACUUUGCCAUUAUCCUGGCCAUUUUGAUCUUCUGUGGUGUCGACGCUCUUGUUGGGGUAGAGACGCCAAAGCUCAUAGUGCCAAGUGAAUUUAAGCCAACAAGCCCAAACCGUGGCUGGUUUGUGCCACCGUUCGGAGGGAACCCCUGGUGGGUGUACCUGGCAGCAGCUCUGCCUGCCCUGCUGGUCACCAUCCUGCUUUUCAUGGAUCAGCAGAUCACCGCUGUCAUUGUAAAUCGCAAGGAGCACAAGCUUAAGAAAGGUGCAGGCUAUCAUCUGGACCUGUUAUUGGUGGCUGUGCUGUUAGCGGUGUGCUCUUUCAUGGGUCUGCCAUGGUAUGUAGCUGCGACUGUUAUUUCCAUCGCCCACAUUGACAGCUUGAAGAUGGAGACUGAGACGUCCGCCCCUGGCGAACAGCCUAAAUUUUUGGGUGUCAGGGAACAAAGAGUCACUGGUGUCUUUGUCUUCCUUCUCACCGGUCUGUCUGUCUUCAUGUCCCCGAUCCUCAAGUUCAUACCCAUGCCAGUGCUUUAUGGAGUCUUCCUCUACAUGGGUGUUGCUUCACUCAACGGAGUGCAGUUUAUGGACCGACUCAAGCUGCUCCUCAUGCCUGCCAAACACCAACCAGACCUGAUCUAUCUGCGGCAUGUCCCACUGAGGAAGGUCCAUCUCUUCACCUUUGUCCAGAUGCUCUGCCUGGCACUCCUCUGGGUCCUCAAGUCCACUGUGGCAGCCAUCAUCUUUCCCGUCAUGAUCUUGGCUCUGGUUGCUGUGAGGAAGGCCAUGGACUAUGUCUUCUCCCAGCAUGACCUCAGCUUCCUGGAUGAUGUCAUACCUGAGAAGGACAAGAAAAAGAAGGAGGAUGAGAAGAAAAAGAAAAAGAAGAAACAAGGGAGCAUAGACAGCGACAUGGAAGAUUCUGACUAUCCUUACAAUGAGAAUGUCCCCAGCAUUAAAAUCCCAAUGGACAUGAUGGAGCAGGAGCCUUUUUUAGGGGAUAAGGCCUCUGACAGAGAAAAGUCCCCUUCAUUCCUCGACCGAUAUUCAUCGUGCUGAAAAGCGGUACUACUUUCAGACCAGCCCGAUGUCAAGUUCAGAGAGACUGCCAUUAAAUGUGCCUCAGAUUAAAAUAGACAUGGACCCAGAUGACAGCAAUGCCUUCUACUGGAGAAGUCGAGGGUCCGAGACGUCCAUAUAACUCCAAUUUGCUGAAAGCCAUUUACCAUGAGAUAUUUUGUAAAAACUCUUCCCCAUCACAGACCCUUUCUGUAAAGACUUAAGAACAGCUCGAGGAACACUUGUCUUUCAUUCACUUAAUUAUUAUGGUUUGCGAAUUGUAAUCCCUAAACUACUAUGCAAUUCAGUUCAUUGUUUCACUUACUGUAUGUGCUGAGCUGUAGAGAAAUGCUGUAGCUGUUUCCCACAAUUCCAGAGCUACUUCCUCCAUUAUUCAUCCAAUACAAUAUGAAUCUUUCCAUCAAAUUCACUUACCAUGGCACUAUUUUCCCUUUAUUUUUGCUGCUCUACCUCUGUUUUGCAUGGUAGGCAUUAUGUAAAAAAACAAAAAACAAAAAAAAAAACCUUUUCAUUUUUUUUUUAUUUGCAAAGCAUGAGAUUUUAAUGUUGGUCUUUUUUAGUGUAUAUCUUGAGCAAAGUAUUCAGCAAAUGAUUUCUGUUAUGAUAAGAGCAAACAACUGUGACAUAAUAUAUUGUAAUAUAUAACUGUUGAUUUAACUUUUAAAUGAUUAUUAAUGUUAUUGAUUGGCAUUGAACCAGCUGUUUUUCAUAGUUUCAUUUAAUAUAAUGUGGUAUUCAAUUUUAUUUGUUUCCUUCCAUUCCUAACAAACAAUGUGUAUGCCUAAUUAUCCAAACAUUUUCUAACAAGCUUGAUUAAUUAAGAAAGCCUAAUUCAUUUUGAUUUUCAAGUCUUGUUAGACAUUUGCUUCCUCACCUGGUUUUGGAAACCAUAAAAAAGUCUACAUGUGUAAACCUACAUGUACUCUGGCAUCCUGCAAAUUAUUUACCCAAGUGGCUUAAACCUGAAUUACAGUAAUACAUGAAAUUCCUUUAGGUUUAAGAUUUUUUAUUAUUAUUAUUUGUGCACCAUUUACAUGAUGUCUAGGAUUGAAUGUCUUAUUGUGUAAUUUGUUAGUGGUAUAUGCAUUUGAAGGAAGAUUUUCAGAGGACAGGGAAAUAUGUCAUACAGUGUCUGAAACAUGUUUUCCUUGAGCCUUGAUUCUUCAAGAACCCCAAAUACUAUAUUGAUUCCUGCUAAUUUGACAUUAUUCUCCCAUCUUUCCAUCACUUUUCCUCUUUCUUUCAAAAAACGUACUAUACUGUCAUUUCAAAAUCAACCUUGAACCUUGUAAGUAUAAGAUUUUUAACUUAUAUUUUUUGGGGGGUACAUAAAAACACAAAAUUAUUGUGAAAGCAUGUCUGGGGAAAUUCUUGAACGUUUUAAGCAAUGCUAAAUAUUAAUUGUAGAGUGUGUAACUGAAACUUUUUUUAAUCAAGUUUUGUGACUUUUUAGAACAAAACAGCUGCAAUUAUUUUAGAAUUUAUAUUUUUCAAAGGAAAUGACUAUUAAAAAUGAA